UGGGGUUUUCAUUUCUUUGAUUUUGCAGCAAUUUUCAACAAGGAAGAGGACAUUGGGGCCUGCACCAUUAAGGCCGUGGAUGACCCAAGAACCUUGAACAAGAUCCUCUACAUCAGGCCCCCAGCCAACACCAUCUCAUUCAAUGAUCUUGUGUCUCUUUGGGAGAAGAAGAUUGGCAAAACCCUUGAGAGGAUCUAUGUUCCAGAGGAGCAACUGCUCAAGAACAUUGAAGAGGCUGCUGUGCCAAUCAAUGUGAUUCUAUCGAUUGGUCACUCAGUUUUAGUGAAGGGAGACCAAACUAACUUUGAGGUCGAGCCCUCAUUUGGAGUGGAAGCUUCGGCCCUUUACCCUGAUGUCAAAUACACUACUGUGGACGAGUACCUUAACCAGUUUGUUUGAGCCUGAAAGCCUCAUCUUGUUGGGUUUUCUUUGAGUAAAACUAGCACUGUCUUUGCAAAUAAUUAGCUAGUUGGUGUGCAAAAAUAGCAUAUGGGGGCUUACCCCGUUUAUGUCAUCUUUGUUGUAUUGUGCUACCUUUGGUUAAAUGAUGGAAAUGAACGCCUGUAGAUUUUAUUUUAA